AUGAAGAAGUUCUAUGGUCUCACGGGCCACAAGCUCAACUGGGCUGUUGGUCUCAUCGCAGGAUGUGACUUUCUCCUUUUUGGCUAUGACCAAGGUGUCAUGGGCGGCAUCUUGACAUUGCCCAUUUUCCUGGAUUAUUUCCCAUCAAUCAAUGCCGAGGCCAAGAACAUCUCUGCGGCAGAGGCUUCUCAGCGUUCUACCAAUCAAGGAAUCUCGGUUGCCUCGUACAACUUGGGAUGCUUCUUCGGCGCCGUCAUUACCAUCUUCAUCAGCAAUCCCCUCGGCCGCAAACGGAUGAUCAUGCUAGGCACGUCCAUCAUGAUUAUUGGAGCUAUCCUGCAAGCGAGUGCUACAACUCUACCACACUUCAUCGUCGGCCGCAUUAUCACCGGCCUCGGUAACGGCGGCAAUACAUCUACUGUGCCAACAUGGCAGUCAGAAACAUCGCAUGCACACAAGAGAGGCAAGCUCGUCAUGAUCGAAGGUGCACUGAUCACCUGUGGCAUCAUGAUCAGUUACUGGGUUGACCUUGGCCUGUCCUUCGCCCCUGGCUCCGUCGCUUGGCGGUUUCCGCUCGCCUUCCAAAUUGUCUUCUGUAUCUUUAUUUUGGCCUUGAUCUGGGGGCUGCCCGAGUCUCCCAGGUGGCUCAUCCUGAAGAACCGUGAUGAUGAGGCCAAGGAGGUCCUGGCUGCCCUAGCUGGCACCGACGUCAAUGACCAAUACGUCCAAGCCGAGUUCGCUGAAAUCAAGGAUACUGUCAUUGAGAUGAGCAAGGGCACCUUCGCGGACCUGUUCACCAUGGACAAGGAUCGGAACCUGCACCGCACACUGCUGGCCUACACCAAUCAGAUGUUCCAACAAAUCUCGGGUAUCAACCUCAUCACCUACUAUGCUGCCGUCAUCUACCAUGGUCUAGGCAUGUCGGACUUCAUGGCUCGUCUGCUGGCUGCACUGAACGGAACCGAGUACUUCAUCGCGUCGUGGCCGGCCGUCUUCCUUGUGGAGCGAGUGGGUAGGCGAAACCUGAUGCUGUUUGGUGCGGUCGGACAGGCCGCCACCAUGGCUAUCCUCGCCGGCGUCAAUUCUCGCUCAGAGACCGGCAACCAGAUCGCUGGUGUGGUCUUCCUCUUUGUCUUCAACACCUUCUUUGCUGUCGGCUGGCUCGGCAUGACCUGGCUCUACCCUGCCGAGAUUGUGAACCUGCGCACCCGAGCACCCGCCAACGCCCUUUCCACUAGCGGCAACUGGAUCUUCAAUUUCUUGGUCGUUAUGAUCACUCCCAUUGCCUUCAACAGCAUCAAGAACCACACGUACACCGUCUUUGCCGUCAUCAACGCCUUCAUGGUCCCCUGCGUCUAUUUCUUCUACCCCGAGACGGCGUACCGCUCGCUUGAGGAGAUGGACAGCAUUUUCCACAAGGUCAAAGGUUGGCAGGGUGUGUUCACCGUCGUGCACCAGGCCAAGAUCGAGCCCCGAAGAUAUGGCAAGAACGGCGAGCUGCUCAUCGACUACAAUGAGACCGAAGAACAUCGUGGCCAUAUUCAUCCGCACGGGAGCGAUCUUGAGAAGCCGCAGGGCGAACAGUCUGGAUUCUCUCACGCCGAGGGCGCAGACCAGACUAACUCUGCCAGUGGCAGUGCCUCGCCCCCGGAGGGCGGAGUAUGGACUCACGAUGAGGAAAGUGGCAGGCGGAAGGAUUGA